AGCACUGUGGGUCCUCUGAGCGCUGACUCCUCCAGACCGCACAAAGCACUCGCGAGCGCCUCGAAUUCAGCUCUAAAACCAGCGCUGCUGAAGUUUCCACCGUCCCCGUUCCCGACUCGUCCGGUUCAGUGAUGUCUGCUGCCUGAGCGGAGCCGCUGUUUUGGAGGAAAACCGCGGUAAAAAUGCCCAACUUCUGCGCGGCGCUGCACUGCGCGCGCAUGAGCUCGCACUCGGUGCUGGCAUUCUUCAGGUUUCCGCGCGACCCGGAGAGGUGCAAGAAGUGGGUGGAGAACUGUAGUCGCUCAGAUCUGAGAGACAAAACUCCAGAACAUCUGAACAAGUACCACAGACUAUGUGCCAGACACUUUGAACCAGACCUGAUUUUGAAAACAAGCCCUUUCAGGACGGUUCUAAAAGAUACUGCCAUACCAACCAUCUUUGACCAUCCCAUCAAUAAGCGAGCGAAGAAUGAGCCGGCAGAAGAUGAGGCCACCCAGGCAAAAGUAAAAAAAGUGGAGGAGAAGGAGACAGAAAAAGAAGCUGCCGAGAGUACUAAUGGCCAAGAGGCUGAUAAUGGCCCCCAGGUUUCAGAUGUGGAGAAGGAAAACAAGGAAUUUCUUCGUUCACUAUUUGAUGUUCUAGUCAUGAUGGGCAGGCAGAACAUUCCUCUGCAUGGCCAUUCUGAAAAGGAGCCGAAAAGCAAAAGCUUCACACCCAGCAACUUCCAGGCCCUGUUGGAGUAUCGCAUUAAUGCUGGUGAUGAAGUGCUCAGGAAAAAGUUUGAAACAUCGGCCGUUAAUUUAGAGUACUGCUCAUCCACCCAGCUGCAGCAGAUUCUGGAUGUAAGUGAGAAGUGCAUCUGUGAAGAUUUGCUUGCUGAAGUCAGGGAGGCACGUUUUUUCUCGCUGGUAAUGGACAACCUUGUGGAGGUUUCAGGGGAGAAGCACCUUCCUUUGCUGAUUCGCUUCGUAGACCAGACUAACAGCGUACGAGAGGAGUUUUUAGGGUUUCAUCGCUUUGAAGGAGAUGUGGAGGCCAUCGCCCAAAGCCUUUGUACAGAAAUGUCUGAGAAGUAUGGCCUGAGCAUGGAGCAAUGCAGGGGGCAGGCAUACUUUAGUACUGGGGUGUAUGCUUUUAAAGUCAAAGCUGUGGCCAUUAGACUGAGUGAGCAGUAUCCUUUAGCUGUGUUCACACCAUGCUCUCCUCAUUCCCUGAACAUCUGCUUGGCCAACAGCAUGAACUUUACGAGUGUACAGCUUGUGAUGUCCACCCUAAAAAAGAUUGAUGGGUUCUUCAGCAAAUCACCUUUGCUACAGAAUCAGCUGGAGAAUGCAAUUUCUAUCUACUACCAGGGCAACGAGGAGAAAGGAGCUGCACUUAAAGAAACUUGCCACACCAACUGGACUGAACAGCAUGAUGCAUUUGAGUUGGCUGUUGACCUGUUGGAGUCUUUGCUUCUCUGCAUGGACAGCGUUCAUGACAAUGAAGAAUUCAAAUGGAGUGACGAUAUUGCGCACAACGCUUUUGUCAUAUCCGAAGCACUGUCCGAUUUUGAGUUUGUCAUGGCAUUAGUUGUGCUAAAGAACACUCUUUCUUUUUCCAGAGCCUUCGGUAAGAAUCUUCAAGGCCAAACUAGUGAGGUCUUCUUUGCCGCAAGCAGUUUGACUGCCGUUCUCCAUUCUGUAAACGAAGUUCUGGAGAACAUUGAGGUUUACCACGAAUUCUGGUUUGAAGAGGCUGUCAACUUGGCUGCAGCAUUGGAGAUCCCGGUCAAAAUCCCCAGGCUUUUUUUCAGAAAGCAGCGCCCAGAUGCGACCGAGGAAAUCCAGCCUGAGGUCUAUUACAAAGUUCACCUCACCUUUCCAGUGGUGAGUCAUGUUCUGAAGGAGCUAAGUGACUUUUUUUCGGAAAACCACCUCAAGGCUCUCAAGUCUCUGUCUUUGGUUCCUGCAAUCAUGGGGCAGCUCAAGUUCAACACAGAAGAAAAUAGCGCAGACAUCUACAAGGAUGACUUGCCCAAUCCAGACACGUUACCCACUGAGCUCAACUGCUGGAAGAUCAAAUGGAAGCACGGCACCAAGAACGUUACUCUGCCUUCCACCAUCUAUGAAACACUUCAGCUCUCUGAUGUGAAGUUUUUCCCAAACGUCUGCGCAGUCCUCAAAAUCCUGAGCUGCCUGCCUGUCCUUUCACUCGUUGAUGAUCGAUGCAGCACAGCAAGAAAGCGGCUGAUGACGUAUCUGCAGGACACGCCUGCCAAACACAGAAACAAAACUUUGGCAAUGUUUAACAUUAACUGUGGUGCUGGGCAUGACCUAGACUUGAUGGUUGAAACCUACUUAAAACUUUACCCAGAUAAAGAACCAACAGAGACAACAGAAACACCUGCUUGAUCAAGUGGACAUAAAAGCCUGUAUCAUUUGCUUAGAAUAAAAAUGCAAUAAUUUUGCAGCUAGAACUUAUCUUGGUUUUAUGUACAGUGAUCAACUGCCACAAACCCCUCAGAGUUUGUUUUUUCUAGUCUAUUUGGGUGGUUUGAGUGUAAAUACUAGUGUUUCUAAACCCUGAUCCUGGAAGCCCGCUCCACUGCACACCUUGGUAAUUUUCCUGCUUUAACACACCUACGCCGUGAUGAUCAGUUAAUGCGCUAAUGAGUAGGGUCAGGAAAACUUUCAAAAGUGUAGGGCAGUGGGUCUCCAGGACAAGGGUUUAGAAACACAGGUAUACCUGUCUAAGUGGGAAAAAACAAUUAGAACCUGUCUGGGUAUUCAAAAUGUGUUGUUUGGCCAAAUAUUAGAAAUUCAUUUUUAGAAUGAAUUUCAUUGCAUUGCUAGUCUGUGUUCUCAGCUUGUUCUUUACUGUUCUUCACUUCUUCACAACUUCUUGCCAAUUUACAAAUUAAACAUUUCAGUAAGUUUUUUUAUUCUUGGUCAAUUAAAUAAGCUGUCAUUUGUUACUUUCUCUUAGUUCACUAGUAAAUAAAUAACUUUACAUACAAUUU